AAAAAUUUGCAAGAAUUUUAAAACGUAUUCUUUUAUUGUCAAAGUAUAGAAUUGAGUUCACUGAUUCCGGCUGAUGAAGUGUCAUUCAAAUACUAUGAACUUUACUUUAGUUUUCCAAUUAUUAUCUUUACAAUAUUAAACAUGCUAUGCAAUAUUUGUUUAUGUCACAAUUAAGUACUAUAAACCAAUAGUUUGGCAAGUUCAAUAAGGGUUGCAACAUUGCUAUGUUGUUAUCAUAUAAAUUACAACAAUAUCUUCAGCAGUAUGAAUUUUAAAUGGCUUCGAAAAUUCUACUUUUGGAACCUUUUUAUGGUGGAUCCCACCAACAGCUGACAGAUUUUCUUCACAAUGUCAUCCUGCAAGAGGAAACUGAUGCAGUCGUUGAUAAAGUAGUUAUGAGUGACAAGAAGUGGCAAUGGAGAAUGAGAACAAGUGCAUUGUAUUUUGCAGAACAUAUCGAAGAGACUGCAUCACCAUAUAGUUGUGUGUUUGUUAGUGCUGUUACAAACUUAGCUGAAUUGCUUGGAUUGCGACCUGAUCUUAUAAGUGCACACAAAAUCUUGUAUUUUCAUGAAAACCAAUUGGUUUAUCCUGUACGCAAUCAGAAAGACCGGGAUUUCCAGCAUGGUUACAGUCAAAUUAUAUCUUGUUUAGCUGCAGACAAAAUUCUGUUUAAUUCUUAUUACAACAAGACGUCUUUUUUGGAUAACAUCAAUUCCUUCUUAAAGCUUAUGCCAGAUCAUCGAACAAAGCAUUUAUCUGACAAAAUCGCACCAAAAUGUGAAGUGUUGUAUUUUCCACUGUGCUUACCUGUCAAAGUAGAAACAAAUUUGGAUGAUAACGAUGAAGAACCUUUGCAUAUAGUAUGGGCACAUAGAUGGGAACACGAUAAAAAUCCGGAAGAGUUAUUCGAAGUUUUAUUUCGACUUCACGAUGAAUGUCUCCCGUUCAAAAUAUCCAUACUUGGACAAGAAUAUACUGACAUACCAGAAAUAUUCCACGAAGCGAAGAAGAAAUUAUCCAUCCGCAUAUUAAACUGGGGUUAUCAACCAACGAAAGAAGAUUACUGGAAAGUGCUGGGAAGUGCUGAUGUUGCGAUUUCAACAGCCAAGCAUGAAUUUUUUGGUGUUUCAAUGUUGGAAGCUGUAUCCAUUGGCUGUUAUCCAUUGUGUCCUAAUCGCUUGGUUUAUCCAGAAUUUUUCCCAGCUGACUAUUUAUACAAUACAUGCCAACAACUUUACAAGAAGUUAAAGAAUUUCUGCAAACGGCCAGAUGUCGUUAGGAAGCACAAAAUACAGGUCAAUAUGUCAAGAUUUGACUGUAACGUUUUAAAAGCGAAAUACCUAGAGCACAUCAUGCAAAAAUGUUGAAUGCAGAAGUCGUUUCCAUAGUGAAUUAGUGAUGAAUGCAGAAGUCGUUUCCAUAGUAAAUUGGUGAUGGUCGUGCUUGAGUGCAUGUAGAUGAUUGGAUAAUUAGAUAUUUUCCAUCCGUAAGAACAGAUUUUUGUUUAAAAGAUUUGAUCUGCAUUUAUAUUUUCGUUUUUUAAACAAAAAAUGUUCAACAAAGAAGAGAUUCCCACGAUUUGCAUGUUGCAUGAUUUGAUAGUUUCGCGUGUUAAGCUAGACUUCAUGAUUAGCGUAUUUCUCCUGAUUUGUGUAUUUCGCGUGAGUUGCUUGUUCCGUAUGAUUUGUGUAAAAUGUUAGUUUUGCGGGAUUUCGUGAAUUGAAUUUUUGCUAUUCUAUUGUCGUAGCUUAACCUGGUUUGUGGUUUCAAGUUUCUGUACGCCACGCGAUUUGUUCCCUUUCUGAUAUUCAGGAUGCGUAUGUUUUUACUGUUUUCUCGACUGAGUCCUUCCUAUGCUUCCCUUACAACACCAAGCUUUAUCUUUAUUUUAUUUUUAUCUAGUUUUUAAUCCGUGUAUAAUUUGAAUUUAUUUGUUUGAUUAUAAGUAAAGUUCAAAAAAAUUUAAACAAAUAAAAUUUAUUGAAUUAUUUGCGCGAUUAACCUCAAAAAAGGUCAAGUAUCGACAAACUCCUAAUGGCAGAAACAGAGGAGCAUCACAGGUUUCUUCCAAGAGCUUCUUUGUUUUAAGCAAGCACAUGCAACACUUUGCUUUUCUCUGCUUUCUUAGAACUUUAG